AUGUUGCUCUCAUAUCUAGUGGUGCUGACUGCUGUCGCCGCUCCAGUUUGGACGGCAGAUUCCGCGAAGCCAAUCGCAAUGGGAGGCCUAGAUCACCGCGCCCUCCCGGACUCCCCCUCAGGGGGCUACGCUCCGGCUGUGGUCGACUGCCCGUCUGAUCCUCCUACUAUCCGGUCCGCCGCUUUUCUUUCGCCAAGCGAGAGAGACUGGCUUCCACGCCGGCGAAAUGCUACUAUCGAGCCUAUGCGCGAGCUCCUUACCCGCGCCAAUAUCCCGAACUUCGACGUUAAUACCUACAUUAAUCGCGUCCGCUCCUCGCCCUCUCAGCUACCUAACAUUGGCUUAGCUGUCUCAGGAGGUGGCUACCGUGCCCUUAUGAACGGCGCUGGGUUUCUUUCUGCUGCAGACAGCCGGACUCCUGACUCUACUCGGGCCGGGGGAAUUGGUGGCCUCCUUCAGUCAGCAACUUACCUCUCUGGACUUUCUGGUGGCGGCUGGCUUGUUGGUUCUAUCUACUCGAACAACUUCUCCUCUGUAGUCGAUCUGCAACGCGGCUCCAAGGGCUCUGCUGUCUGGAAGUUUGAACGCUCCAUCUUCAAAGGGCCUAAAGAACCUGGCAUCUCUAUCCUCAAUAUUGCGGACUACUGGGCUACAAUUGCCGAGCAGGUUUCAACUAAGAAUGCUGGUUUUGAGGUCUCUCUUACGGACUAUUGGGGCCGCGCUCUCUCCUACCAACUCAUCAAUGCUACCAAUGGCGGUCCAUCCUACACCUUCUCCUCUAUCGCCGAUCAGCCAGACUUCAAGUCAGGCCAGCAGCCCCUCCCUAUUCUGGUGGCUGAUGGCCGCGCCCCAGGCGAGCGGAUUAUCUCUCUGAACGCUACUGUUUAUGAAUUCAACCCGUUUGAACUUGGAACAUGGGACCCAACCGCUUAUGGCUUUGCUCCGCUCCGCUACCUCGCCUCUAACUUUUCUGCCGGUCGUGUCAAUGGGUCUUGCGUCCGCGGCUUCGACCAGGCAGGCUUCGUGAUGGGCACAUCUUCCUCCCUAUUCAAUCAAUUUAUACUACGGAACUUAUCAUCAGAAGGCGUCCCGGAAUCUCUCCAAGACACAAUAAAAGAAAUCUUAAAAGCCCUAGACCAGGAGAACAACGAUAUUGCCCAAUACGCCCCUAAUCCCUUUUUCGGCUGGAACCCAAGUACAAACCUCAAUGCAAAGGAGAAGCAGCUAUCCCUGGUUGACGGCGGUGAGGACCUUCAGAAUAUUCCGCUUCACCCACUUAUCCAGCCUAACCGCGCUGUGGAUGUAAUAUUUGCUGUCGACUCGUCCGCAGACACUAUGAACUGGCCCAACGGCACCGCGCUCCGUGCGACCUACGACCGCAUAACGCACCCUAUUGCAAACGGAACAGUUUUCCCAUCUAUCCCAGAUGCAAACACCUUCGUCAACCUCGGCCUUAAUAGGCGACCUACCUUUUUCGGCUGUGAUGCAUCAAACUUUACCCUUCGCGUAAAUCAGCGCGUCCCGCCGUUGGUUGUAUAUCUCCCUAACGCGCCUUACGUGGCCCAUUCUAACGUUUCCACCUUCGACCCGGACUACGAGACCAACCAACGCGACGCCAUAAUCCAGAACGGCUAUAACUUGGCUACCCAAGGCAAUGCCACCGUCGACCCUGAGUGGCCGCGCUGCGUCGCCUGUGCUAUUAUAUCGCGAAGCAUGGCGAGAAACAGCGAUAAGGUUCCCGAGGCUUGUAACAGCUGCUUCCAGCGCUACUGCUGGAACGGCACACUCGACACCCGCGAGGCGCAUUACGAGCCUAAUUUCAUCAUUGGUAAUAUUGAGACCAAGAGCGGUGCAAUGAAGAUGAGCGGAAGCUAUUGGACAGGCUUGGUCGGUGCCGCUGCUGUUGCGAUUUUGAUGUCGGCCGUCUAA